UCCAUCACUUGAUAUUAUUGUGUCUUUCUUUUUGUUUUUCUGCAGUAUAGAUACGAAGACCUUUCUGCCGUCGUCGUCGGAGAUGAGCAGUCUGAGCAACGUGGAGGCGAGGCUGCCGCCGGGGUUCAGGUUUCACCCGAGAGAUGAUGAACUCAUAUGCGACUACUUGGUUAAGUGGAUGAACGGUAGCUCCCACCCUUUCCCUCAGCUCAUCGAGGUUGACCUUAAUAAGUGCGAGCCGUGGGACAUUCCUGAAAGUGCCUGUGUAGGAGGCAAAGAAUGGUAUUUCUUCAGCCAAAAGGACAGGAAAUAUGCCACUGGUCUGAGAACAAACAGGGCCACCGUCUCCGGCUACUGGAAAGCCACCGGAAAGGACCGAUCCAUCUCCCGGAAAGGAGCCCUUGUCGGAAUGCGAAAAACACUCGUUUUCUACCAGGGCAGGGCUCCAAAAGGAAGAAAAACCGAUUGGGUGAUGCACGAGUUUCGUGUUCACAGAAACCAUGGCCAUUGCCAGAAAUUAUCCCCUCCUGUCAAGGGGGAUUGGGUACUAUGCAGAGUGUUCUUCAAAAGCAGAGCAGAAAUUCCAGGAAAGUCCCUGCAGGAUGCCACGUCAUCAUCCCCAUCUCCAUCUCCAUCUCUAUCUCUGCCACCUCUAAUGGAACCCCCACAACCCUACAUAACAUUUGACCAGUCUCAGAGUCAAGAGGCCUGUGCUAGUGAUCAACAGUUUCAUGAGCAAGUGCCCUGCUUCUCCAUUUUCAGCCCCACUUUCUCCUCCCACAUAGACAUGGCCAUGAACCACCCACCCCACCCCAACCCCAAAACAACUACUCCAAAUCUUGCACCACCCUACAACCCUUCUUGUUGUGACCACAAGACUCUUAAGGCCAUUCUGAAUCAUCUUACCAAAAUGGAGAGCCAACCUGACACUGACAAUCUUUCCAUCAUGAUGAUGAAGGGCUCUCCUCCAACCUCUGACUGCAGCUAUCUCUCUGAUGUGGGUGGCCUCUGGAAUCACUAUUCUUGAUCAUCAUCUGCAUCGCAUUCAAUUCUACAAAUAUAUAUAAUUAUUGUCGGUUUGUUUGCUUGGCCUUUGGAAGAUGGACAGCAUGUGUAAAUUAAUCAACAUUUGGUCAUCUCUGCCUAAUUUCUAAGUGAUGAAAUGUAGAUUUUCAGUUUACUUUAUGAUCGAUACAUGUUUGAACUUACUGGUACCAUUAGCAUUUCUCCAUAAUUUAUUUCUCCAUUAUUAUUAUUAUUAUUAUUAUUUAUUUACCUGAAAUCCCAUACCAUACCAGUGGAUUUUAUAUUAUUUUAUUUUAUUUAUUGAUGGAAUGAUUCCACUUGGA